AUUCCACUGCCACUCCAGAGCGCCAACGCCAAGUGGAUUGAUCGCGGCGUGAUCGGUACGUGCUGUAGUGGUCCACACCAAAAGGUCAACUGCCAAAUCAAUCUCUGUAUCCCAAUCGGCAAUAUCCUGUCCCGUGUUUGGUAGUUAGUAAUCCGAAUACGGUGGAAAGUUUGUUCGGUGCCUCUUAGCUGAGAUGUUGCGAUUCGUGCCGGUAAAUUCCUGUGUGCUCUGUAUGGCUGCGGGUGUGCUGUUGCUUAUGACCUUUAACGAUCGAUCAGCUUGCCAAUCUGUUCCGAUAGCCAGUGGUGAACUCAGUGAUUUUGUGGAACAGAACGACAACUUGGGCGAAGAUUCGGCGCAAGCCAACGAACCGCUCACACCGGCGCUGAAUCACUGGUUAGGUGCCGGUGCCGCGCUGGCCGCUAAUGAUCCGGAGGAUCCUCACAACUUGGCAAAGCGCAUCAACAGCGGCUGGGGUCCCAGUAUCACAUACUACGGCGCCUGGCGCAUUCCGCCGACGGAGAUGCUAAUCUAUAACAGCACCCGUUCCCUUUUUAAAGGUCGUCCGGGAUCCAAACUCUGCUACAUUAGCCCCAUUGCCUGCUUUGGGCGCCGGAUACAGACCAGACUGGGUGUGCUGAGCGCCGACAAUUCAUAGUAAUUUAGGGACAAUGAAAAAUGCAUCGACCAUAUUUCGGACACCGUGCGGUUAGCGGUAUAUCUGUCGUACAGGUUAUCGCAGCAUAUAUACCUUGCGUUUUUACGUGCACGGUGCACCCAUUUCCUGAACUUUCUUUGUACGGCAUAACUUACUGAGUAAUUUUUAUACAAAUAUUACUUGUUUUGUUUAAAGUAUUAUUACAUCGUCGAUAUACUGUAUGUGUACACAUGACAUUUUAGUGCUGCAGUUAAAUUUCAUGACUUGCUGGAUCG